GUCUUUGUUGUGAACGGAAAGCGAGGCGAUUCCUCCCUCAAACUCGACAAAUCAUCGGGUUUUUACAACAGAAAAGCUUCCCUACGAAGUCAUUACAAUGAUUUUUUGACUGAUUCUUCCUGGGAGUUGGGAUCCAGUCCGCGUUACGUCGUGGGAGUCGCUUGAAGACGAAGUUUGAUAUAACGAGAGUACACAUGACAUCUGCAGCAGAGACUGUGGAAAAUGCCUCCAUUAUUUCAGAGAGCGUGGCACAUGACGGAAACCGCUUGUGGAUCGGCAACAUCGAUCCCAAAAUCACAGAGUUUCAUUUGAUAAAGUUGUUGGAAAAGUUUGGCAAAGUUAAACAGUUUGACUUCCUGUUUCAUAAGUCUGGGCCUCUGGAAGGACAACCACGGGGCUACUGCUUCGUUAACUUCAGCACCAGAGAGGAGGCGGAGAGGGCGAUCCAGUGCUUGAAUGGGAAGCUAGCUUUAUCCAAGAAACUCGUCGUGCGCUGGGCACACGCUCAGGUGAGGAGGUUUGAAGGUUUCCGUAAUGACAAGACGAUGCCUCCGAGCCUGGAACCAUCGUGCAGCGGUUCAGCAGAGGCAGGGCCCAUAACAACCAACCACCUCAGCACAAGUGCAAAGAUCCGCGCAAUCGAGGCGAAGCUCCAGAUGAUGGAUGAGAAUCCAGAAGACAGCUACUCGGGCCCGUCGGCCUACGUUUACAACAAACCACCCGAGAGGAAGCGCUGGGAACCCUACUCUAAAUCACACCACAGUAACCAGAGCAGGCCCUUCCGCAGGUUUAGGAGAUGACCCAUCCUCCGUCCUGUUCUGGAGUUGUCCCUGCCUCCAUCUGCUACCCCUCAGCCCCCACCUCCACGUGGAACUUCUUCUUUUUUUCUUUUUUUUAGAUUUUUUUGUGGCUCUAGUGGCCUUUUAUUCAAGGGGUGAGGGAGAGAGAAUGGGCGUGACAUGCAGCAACGGGCCGCAGGCAGGGACUGGAACCUGCGACCGCUGCAGAAGGACUGUAGCCUCAGUACAUGGGCCGCUUGCUUAAAGCACUGUGCCACCCAGCAGCCCAACACGUGGAUGUUCUUUACUCUGACCUUAGACUAUACACACCCUGUCAAUGAAAAGACUGUUGCGAAGUUGACACAUGUGAACAACACCAGGACUGAAAUGGUGUUCCUAGAAAAGUGCUGAAGGUUUUUUUUAUUUUUAUUUCAGGCUACAUUAUGUAAGGGGUAAUGCCCGACGAGGUGUACAUUAUCAUAAAUAUAUGGACGACGAGGGGCGUGAACAGUUUGCCUCGGCGAAGUCCAUAUAUUUAUGAUAAUCUACACCUCGAAGGGGCAUUAUCCCGUUUAAACCACAGUCACUUACCAAAAAAUAAAUAUUAAAUCAGUUAUUCAUGCUUUAAUGUGUUUUCAGUUGAAGUAGUGUGUACAAGCCGAAAUAAAGAUUCAUAACAAUAACAAUAACAAGAAAUCAUUAGUUUUAUAACAAGCCACAGCUGAGCGGCUGAGUGGACUAUUUAAUCUCUCGUCUGCAGCCGUUGUAACCUGGUAAGUUACAAAGUUUUUUAACAAGCCAUAACUCAGUUUCCUUGGUAACACCUGAGGGUCUGACUAAUACCUGGAACAAUCACUACCGUCCCAUAAGGUCCUUAUGCAAUGGACACAGUGUUGACUUCUCCAGUAACUAGGACGGACCAGAGAUACGACUUAGUAACGGGAGAUAUUCUAGUCCGCUCAGCUCCGCUCGCCUAUGGUACAGUAACAAACAGUAACUAUAUUUGUUUCAAAGAAUCAAAGUCCACAGAUAGUUUCCUAAAUCGUUUUAUUAAGCUACAUAUAUGAUAUAUAUAUAUAUUAAGAUUUGCCGGACUUCUGCUCUUUACCGUCCUGCGGUAGCCGGCUCUUCUUCUCUGAAUCUCCGUUAUCAGGCAAUUUGACCAAACUUGUUUUCUAGGUGUAGGUUAUCACUUUUAACCUACACCUGCCAGCCAAUCAGAAUUGAGUCUUCACACAGACCGUGGUAUAAUAUGAGUUAAUGAGUUGGAUAUAUGACUCGCACCUGACUGUUUUCAAGGUUGGUUCACUUGUCAGUUGUCUUUGUAACUUGUACAGGUUAUUGAUGCAGAUAUAAAUCAUUAUUAACACAACUGCAGGUUGUUCAGAAGUGUAAAUGCGGAUUGUGUUGUUUUUGACCUGCUUGCUCAUUUUCAGAUCGGCUUACUUUCAGGGUGUAUUAGUAGAAUUAAAGUAAUGAGCCGUGUGUGUGUGCGUGCGUGCGUGCGCACGUGUGCGUGUGCGUGUGUGUGUGUGUGUGUGUGCGCCUGUGAGAGCGAAAAUG